UUUCCCCUCCGGGAUGGAGGUCGACGUGGGCGACGUGGUGAUGCCGGGCGACAGUGUGAGAAACGUCGCGCCAGUCAAGAAGGAAAAGAGAAACGACAAGGAGAUCGUGAUCCUGGGACCCGGGCUGCGCCGCGAGGGCGACGCCGUGCUCGUCUGCAAGGCGGGUGUCCUGAGGAAACGCGAGCCGGCCGUCUACUACGUGGACAGCUACCAGAAACGAUACAUUCCCAGCCGGGGCGAGAACGUGGUCGGUAUAGUGACGCAGAAGAGCGGUGACAUUUACAAGGUGGACAUCGGCGCGAGCGACCAGGCGACGCUGUCCUACCUCGCCUUCGAGGGCGCCACGAAGAAGAACCGGCCCGACGUGCAGAUCGGCGAUCUGGUGUACGCCAAGCUGUUGGUCGCCAGCAAGGACAUGGAGCCGGAAUUGGUGUGCGUGGACUCCCAGGGCAAGGAGAACGAUCUCGGGGUGCUGAGCUCCGACGGCAUGAUGUUCACCUGCUCGCUGACCCUCGUGCGGAAGCUGCUCAAUCCGGAGUGCCCGCUGUUCCGGCUGCUCGGCCGGAAUCAGGCGUACGAACUCGCCGCCGGGAUGAACGGCAGGGUGUGGAUCAAGGCGCGGUCGGUACAGGAGACGAUCGCCGUGGCGAACGCCAUCCUGGCGGCGGAGUACACGGUGCCCGGUGAAAUGCAGAAACUCUGUGCCAGAAUCGAGAAGAUCUUGCUUCUCGUGGCGUAACGUCACGUUAGACAUCGAGAAUUUGUCUUGGAUUGUCAAUGGGAAAAGGUUUCGGCGUCGACGGUUCGACGUUUUUUUUUUCCCAAAUAAAGCUGGAAAGAAAUUAGAAUUUUGUCUUAAGAUUAACGCAAAUGUAUUUUGAAGUCAGUGCCCACCCUAGCAUGCAAAAUAACGACCACUCGCUGUUUAUCAAUGACAGUUACAUUUAUUGUAUCAAUAUUUGUAAUAAAUUCUGUAAAUAAAUCUGGAAGUUUCCUUAUAAUUGAUA